CAGUGGUGGGUGGGUCCUCAGGAGGAGGAGGAGGAGGAGGAGGCUGUUCUGUGUCAAGUCAGCAUUUCCCAGUGACCCUUUGAGCCCAGAUCUAAGCUCCCAGUCCUCCCUAGGGAAGGACAGGCUGUUUUUCCUUCUGGAGAAUCAGCAGAAGGGAACUUCCACCAGUCAGCAUGAAGCUUUUGGGCACCUCCUGCGUCUUUCUUCUUGGGGUUAUGAUGCUCCCCAAAGCAGGAGCCCAAGCCUCCUGCUCGAGUCAUUGUGGGGACUUCCUAGCUGCCUGUUCAUGCCAUGCAACCUGUGAGAACCUGGGAAGUUGCUGUCCUGAUUAUUGGAACUUCUGCGUGAAGAUCUCACCCUCCUCUGGCACCCUGCUUGGCGGGAAAGAUUUCACUCUCCUAAAUGUGACUUUUGAGACAGGCGUCCCCGUGACAUGCAGUCAAAUCCCACCACUGCGGCCUGUGGCAUUUGUCCUCAACCCCGGCAGGUUCGCCAGGACCACAGAGACCCAGGGAUACAUCGGGAAGGAUGGCCGGCUGCACUGCAUCUCCCCUUUGCUCUAUGAAAUUGGCCUGGUCAGCCUGGAAGUUUCUCUGGACGGCGGGAAGACAUUUCCUUGGUCAGCAUCUUGGAGUUCAGUUCAUCACAAUAGGGUUCCCCCGUCAGACAAAAGCACACUGGUGAACGAAACCAAGUGGCAAUACUAUGGCACUCCGGGGAUGAGGGGACACCUGACUGUCACCUGGAACCCUGACAUGCUGAGAUCCAGCCAUGUUCAUCUAGAAGUUUGGGGGUACAACGAGACAGGCAAGCCUUAUUCUGACACCUGGACAGCUGAGUGGAAGUACCUCUACUCUCUGGAGCGGAACUACCCAAAUACGGGACACUUCAGGUUCCUGCCUGCACCCUCUGCUCAGUACGGGGGCUGGGAAAUGGGUGCGCUGAGGAUUUCUGCCAACAACUCUUCCGAAGGCCAGCAAAACGUGGCUGCCAUCUGGAGCACGGAGCACGCCAUGGCCUGGCACCUGGAGGACUAUUUCCGGAAGGACUCUGCCGCCUGGGCUGCGGCUAAGUGCCAGCAGUGGGACAGGAAGGAGGCGGACCUGCCUGGGUUCCUGGAGGAGAUUCCUGACUGUCCCUGCACUUUGGCCCAAGCCCGAGCUGACUCUGGCCGCUUUCACACAGAUUAUGGGUGCGACAUAGAGAAAGGCAGCGUCUGCACCUAUCACCCUGGGGCAGUUCACUGUGUCAGAAGCGUCCAGGCCAGCCCCCAAUACAGUGCAGGGCAGCAGUGCUGCUACAGCGAUUCAGGCGCCCAGGUGCUGACGGGGGACUCCAUGGGGGGCAGCACCCCAGACCGAGGCCACGACUGGGGAGCCCCUCCCUACAGGAAGCCCCCCCGCAUCCCAGGCUUCUCCCACUGGUUGUUCGACGUCCUCAGCUUCUACUACUGCUGCCUCUGGUCUGACCACUGCCCCGUUUAUUUCAAGCACAGGCCCUCCAGCGGCUGCCAGAGAUACCGGCCGCCCCAAGCUGCUUCGGCAUUUGGAGACCCACACUUCAUCACUUUCGAUGGCCUCAAUUUCACCUUCAAGGGCCUGGGUGAAUAUUUGCUGCUGGGAUCCAAAUGGACCUCCUUGAGCAUCCAAGGGAGAACUCAUCGGGCUCAGCUGCUGAACAGAGAGUCAGGAGCCGAAGCCAACGUGACCGGUCUGUCAGCAAUCGCCAUGCGGGAGAAGAACUCGGAUGUGAUUGAGGUUCGCAUUCGAGAAAACUCCCCCGAGUUGGAGGUCCUACUGAAUCAAAAGGCCCUCAAUUUUUCUGAACAAACCUGGAUGGACUUAAAAGGCCUCUUCCUCUAUAGCAGCCCUGGGCAGAAUGUGACUGUGAUGUUCUCAUCCGGAGCUGGCGUGGAAGUCAGUGGCCACGGAGGGAAGGUGCUGAGCCUGACUGUUCUGCUGCCGGACACCUUCCAGAACCGGACAGAAGGGCUCUUCGGGCUAAUGAAUGGCAGGGCACAGGACGACCUGACUCUUCCCAAUGGAACAGCUCUGGAUGUGGCCAGCAGCGGCCCCCAGGAGCACUUUGCCUUCGGAGCAGACUGGGCAAUUAGAAAUGAAACAUCCCUUUUCACCUAUGACACCCAGUCCCUCCUGGACAACUUUGUCUAUGGACCAAAGCACCACUCGUCUUUCGUGCCCCUCUUUUCUCCUCCACAAGACGCCAAUGAGACCCUCAUGCAGCAGGUGGCUUCCGUCUGCCAAGCCGAUCCCUUCUGUCGGUUCGACAUCCUGACGACUGGAGACGUUGCCAUGGGAAACAUCACUCGGUUGUCCCACCAGCGCUUCAGAAAACUCCAGAAGAGCUUAAAACCAGUGGUUUCGUGCGGCUGGCUGGCUCCCCCCUCCAAUGGGGAGAAGGAAGGGACCAAGUACCUAGCGGGGUCUCUACUCCACUUCCGCUGCCAUCCUGGCUACAGCCUGGUGGGCUCGGUAACCAGGAGAUGCCAGGAGGAUGGGACCUGGUCGGGAUCACCCACCAGCUGCCUCCCCAAUGCAGGAAUCAUCUCCCGCAGUUUCUCUGCUGACGGCCUUGGCUUUUAUGUCCCAGGAACCAGCCUGCCCCACUCAGCGCUUGCAAUCUUGAAAGCUGCCUUCAUCUUCUGGAUAAUCUGGUGACCCGGCUAUAGAGAAGAUGCUGGAAGAAGACCCUUUCUCGGCUCCCCCCUCCUCAUGAAGGCUCUUCUUCCAUCAGAAGAAUUCCUGCUUUGAAUGACCUCCUCCGGCCCACCAGCAAUGAAACAUCAGGCCUCAUGACUAGUGGAUGAGACCCGAACACCGCCUCCCACUCACUCUGGGUCCAGGCAUAGGGGCUGCACAACCAGCUGGCCCUUGUGUGGGGUGGGGUGAGACCAUGUCAUCAUCAACUUAACACACAGAUCACUCGAGGCCAACUUUGUGCUCAGGGGCUCCUCCACAAAAAGACGGAAGGGCACAGAUGGCCAGCCAGGCUGAGGAGAUGAGGUCUCCUUGCCCAGCGGCAGCAGCAUCCCAUCGGCCAGUGCCUAUUGGGGUCUUCUCAAGAUCUGCCCCUCCUUACUUGGGGAGGGAAGGGACACCCAGAAUGAGAGGAUCCCAACUUUUUCCCACUUCAGAGUCCCAUGCCAGGAGAUUCCUUAGAUCAGCACCCCCACAAACCCCAAUCCGUGGACUGGCACCUGUCUGCAGCAUGCCAAAAACUGGGUGGCACAAACAAGCGAUGCUCCAUCCAUGGGAUGCAGGGAGGACGCAAAACUAGCCCCCCUCCGGAUUGCAGGAAAACCUCUCUCCACAGAACCAAUCCCUGGUGCCCAAAAGGUUAGGGGCCACUGCCCUAAAUGGCUGGUUUCACACAAGCCUCAUAACCGAGUCAGGGGCGAGGGCCUUCCGCGAGAUCCGAAGGUAGUCACUGGUGGGAUCAUGGUAGCCCUUUCUUCCUUGGUGGCUAAAAUGAACACCCUGACCUCAUCCAGAGCGGAGCAGUCACCCCAACUCAAGUCUUUCAGUACAGAGCCUCUGGGUGGCUCGGGGGUCCCUGUCUGCAGCCCACCACCAUGAAUCAGGCCUGAAUUAUUUGGCGGAGGCUUCCCCUGUCCUCUCCCUCUGGAGAGAUAACCCUCUGUGGCUUUUCUCGUCCGUAAAAGGGAUCCCUUCCCCUUCCAGCAGCCAUUUCACAAAAAGAGGCAGGGUGGCUUUGAGGACCCUCACCCAAUAGCCUCUGCCCGCCCCCCCACCCUCCAUGGCUGUCCCAGAAGAGGAAGAAGGACACAGCAGGUAGCCUCUCCCAACUUCCACCCCACUUCCUGUUGGGGUAUCUGGCACUUUCUGGAAAAGAAGGUUAAGAAUCGGAUACUCCCCAAAAAAGAGUGUUUCCCCACCCCCAACCCUGGGGACAGCCAUACGCUUCCAAGAUUACCAGGAGAAAGACGCGGCUGAUGGGUUUAAAUGCCUUGAGCAAACGGGAUCCCUCUUCCAUUCCCUCUGGCCAAGGCAGAGACCCUCCCAAAUGCAGCCCCCUUGAUUCUUCCUGCUUUAAUCAUUUCUCUCCUGGCUGCUCCCGGCUGGCUCUCUCGGCCAGGUGUGGAGACCAGGGGUGAAAUGCUACCAGUCCACACCGGCUCGGGAAAACCGGUAAUAAUAAAUGCUACCAGUUCAGGUGAACCAGUAGUAAAAAAAAAGCUACUGGUUCAUCCGUAUCGGUAUUUUUAGCAAUCAGCUGUGCCACGCGAUUUAGAUUUGCUACAAAGCUGGAAAUCCUACUUUGUAGCAAAUCUAAAUCGUGCGGCACAGCUAUUCCCCCCCCCCGUUCUACUUACCUUCAAAUGGCUUCUUUUUCUGCGCAAAGCGUGCAUUUGGUGCACACUGCACAUGCACGCACACAGUGUGCAUUUGGCGCACAGCGCACAUGCACAGGCAGCGAACCAGUGGCAACCUGCGGAGAAUUUCAACACUGGUGGGGACC